AUGCCGUCCGCGCGCACGUCCAAUGACCGACGUGGAUGGGCGAACGCGAACAAGACCAACAGACAGCAACCUCUCUGUCCUUCCCAGGUCGCCUUCUACCGCCUCACCGGCACUCUCCCUCGCGUUCGCCAGCCUGUCAGCACCCAAUCCUUUCCACCUCUGCGCCGCAAGGAGAACUUCAAACCACGCGACAACCACGACGCGGCACAUACCGUAGACGACGAGAUGGCUCUCCAGACGCCCCGGCAACGAGGGCUCGGGAGCAGCCUACGAGGUCCCAGCUUUGGCAACACCAACACCGCCUCAUCGCCUUCAUUGCGGGCUUCGGCCAUGGACUCCGGACGUAAAGUCAGCAUGCGCGCGCCAUCUGGACAGCCAACUACCCCCGCCAGCGCAAGCAAGAUGGACGGCGGGGACUUGGAACUCGGCGAUUCGGUCAACGUUCCAGGCGAAAUGUACGGCACCGUCAAGUUCGUCGGCACGGUCAGGGGCAAGAAUGGCAAGUUUGUCGGCGUCGAGUUGGACAAGGAGUUUGCUGCCAAAGGGAAGAAUGACGGGGACGUGGAUGGGUAGGCCUUAUAUGUGGAAGACAUGAGUAGGGCAUGGAGGCUGAUGAUGUUGCAGGACACAUUACUUCACAACGACCAUACCAGGCGCGGGCAUAUUUCUGCCUGUGCAUCGCGCCGAGAAGCGCCAUUCACCUUCGGCAUCAGUCGAUUCUUUCCCUGCGACUCCUAAUACUCCAUCAUACACCAAUGGUCAGCGAAAACGAGGCGACGAAGCAUUGCUACGACCGAGCGGCGCAUCCAAGUUCUCGCAGUCAGUCGGACCCGGCGUGCGACCAACCAGUCCUACCUUCAAGCCUAAGAGGCCCUCACUGCCUCGACCCGAAUCACCCUUUAGGAGACAGCCGCCCAAUCUAGCCCCCUCAGCAAGCCAGAGAGGCACCCCUCGACCAGGACUGGGCUCCACGACGACACCGAGCAAGAACUUCAGAGCUACUACCAACUCACGUCCCUCUACCGCCACCUCCCAGGCCGCACCACCUCGUUCCUACUCCCGCACAGGCUCACGUCUUGGGCACCGACCAGAUCCGGUCAGCGAAGAAUACAAGACACCUGUGGGACGUAAUGGAAGUUCAGGAGGCGGACCUUCAUUCUCACAGCCGCUGCGGUCUGGAUCACGGCUAGGGAGUGUCGGCGGUCACGAUCAGGAGCUGGAGAAACUCAGAUUUGAGCUUGCGGAGCGAGACAAGAGGCUGAACGAGCAAGCGGCGAAUCUGGCGGAUAUGGAAGCGAGCGUGAAGGAGCUUUCGGCACUCAUUGAAGAGGACGGCAGCAGGCCACCGCUGGCAGACGCUGGGGACGAGACGGUCUCGCAGCUCCGGCAAAUGCUGCGCGAGAAGAACGAGAAGAUCACGAUCCUCACCUCGGAAUUCGAUGCGCAUCGCGCAGACUUCCGAAGCACGCUGGACUCCUUGGAGAUGGCAAGUACGGAGACUGAGCGGGUCUAUGAAGAGCAGAAACGUGAUCUCAUUGCACAGGUGGAAGAGCUUACGGCACGCGUCGGAGAGUUGGAGGAACUUGGCCAAAGCAAGAAGGAGUUUGAUGAGGUGGCUCGCCAGCUUAAGCAGCUGGAAGAGUUCGUCCAGGAGCUUGAAGAAGGACUGGAAGACGCCAGAAGGGGAGAGGCCGAGGCCAGAGGGGAGGUGGAGUUUUUGCGUGGAGAGGUGGAGCGAGGUCGAUCGGAGCUGAAGCGAGAGCGCGAGAAGGCUGCCGCAGCGAUGAAUGGACUCAGCUCCCCCAAGGAACUGGAGCAGAAAGACGACGAGAUCCGCGGACUGAAGGCGAUCAUCCACUCCUUCUCGACAAGUCCUGAAGUAGCCGCCUCGAAUCGCAGCGAGUAUGUCAAAGGGGCAGACGAGGUCCAUCGGUUGCAGACGGCACUUACCGCCAGCCAAAAGGAAAAGGAAAAGCUAGAGCAAGAGCUGGAACAGCUACGGCGGGACAGCGCCGUGACGAAUGGGCACGCGCGAAACGAAAGCGAAUUGACCGCGACUGCCACUGCCGCGGCCGCAUCCCGACCACGCGCCGACACCGUCAAGGCCACGUUUGCCGAACACGCCGCCCGUCGAAUUGCGAGUCCGGCACCGGCCAACGGGACGUGGUCAGAGAGCGUCUUCUGCGAGAUGUGCUCGUCCAGCGAGCACGACACGUUGGACUGCACGCAUUUCCAAGCGAACCACGACACGUCGACGGAGGGGGCGACGUCGGAAGGCGGCGCUAAGGACGUGGCCGACGAGGAUGAACCCGGGGUCGCGAAAUCAGCAUCCGCAGCGCCAUUGAGUCCCGGCAAGGAACCCCCGGAUGGGCAAGUGUCGGAUGAUGAGGAAGACGCAGAAGCAGAAGAAGCUGCUGCGGACGGUAGUGAUAACAAGGCGGAGGAGAAGUGGUGUGCGCUGUGUGAGAAGGAUGGACAUUUGGCGUAUGAGUGUCCGGAUGAGCAGUAUUAG